AGUCGCAGUACUCGCAGUGUGCGUAUAAAUUUAUAAACAGCGUCUCGAUUGUCUCGAACAGAAUCCUAGCAAGCUCCGUAAACUGCUCCGUUGCUCCGUUGCUCCGUACAAUUGUUAACGCAGCCAGUCGCACAACAAUUGACGCCGUAUUAUCCUUUAUAAAAAAGAGGCAGGAGCCAAUAAACUCAAGAAGCACGACAAUCGACGACAAGUUUACUACGUCGCCGUCGCGUUCAAUGCGAACGAUAUCACGAUCCCCUUCGUGCCGAACUUUUCGCGAUGACCACGAUAACGACCCUGUCCAACGAGUUAAUCGAAAUCAUCCUGCAGCUGGAGAACAUUAGCAUCAAGGAUGUUGUGAGCUUCGGCUUGACGUGCCGGCGAUUUCUCGCCGAGGUCGACGACAACAAUCCGCUGUGGCAGAGAAAGUUUUAUCAAAGAUGGCCUCAUUUGAAGAAACUUUAUGACCAACGGAUACAAAGUCACGAAGACAUAAAUUUUAAGGACGAUAUAAAAGCGAGCAUAAAAUGUAGGAAUGAAUUGCGGCGUUACCUAUCGCUGAUGUCUGAUAUGUUUUUUUGCUAUGACGAGCUAGCCGACGUUGACCUGAUGGAUUCGGAUCUCCUAUUCUGGCCAAAUAAGGGCGCGUAUACCAUGAAUUAUUGUUUCCUCGUGGAUGAGUUAAUAUAUCUAAUUGAAAUGACACCAGGAUUAUCAAACUGUAACUUGACACAUCAAUAUUACAGCAAGAAACUUCUUCCAUAUAUACAUCAGCGUCAUCUAAAGGACGUAUGGCAGACAUUUAUGAAUUUUCCUAAAGAACAGCAGCUUUUAGAACUGGUAGCUAUUAUCGUAGCACGAUGGUAUCAACCCUUGAAACGUUUCUUUACUUCGGAAGUGGAAACAUCGUUGGACAAUAUCGCACAGCAGGUAUUGGAGGACCUUAAAAACGCGCACUGCGACCAUCCAAUAUUCUCAACAUCCGCUAAGCAGUUUUCUUUUUGGAAAUACAACAUCAACGACAAUCAAUGGAGCAGGAAAGACGAAGAGCAGAUUAUCAAUGUACUUCGAACAGUUUUAUUUGAUAAAUUACAUUUCCGUGGGCCUCCGGUUCUGGAGUCUAACGAAUUAUUAGACCCUAAAGCAGAAUACUUCCUUAUAGAUUGCGUUUUGGAAACCAAAGUUGGUAACGCUAUGUCUCUGGCAAUAAUAUUCCAGAGCGUAGCAAGAAGACUUGGUGUACGCUGUGACCUAGUAUGUUUUCCUACUCACUUUUUUUUAAGUUGGAAGCCGAAAUAUGAUACAGAAAAUCCUAAAGAGGAAUAUUUUUAUAUUGAUAUCCUGCAUGGUGGACUUAUUCGAAGUAGAGACGAUUGUCCCAGAAUUCGUGGUAGAAGAUGUCCCAUAGAAAGUUUCAAUAAGCACAACGAAAUUAGUCCUACAGAGCUGGUGUUGCGAAUGAUUAACUCUUUACAAACGGUCAAGCCUAACUACCAUCAUCAUCAUGACAGGGCCCUACAAAUGCGCUCAUUGGUGGAAUUUCGGUAUAUGGUAGAACCACACAAUAUAGAUGCGAUUGAAAAUCUAUGUCGCCAUUACACCCAGUAUGAUAUAAGUGUCUCAGGUCUCAUAACCACAUUAGAGAGGCUACUGAGUGCCUACAACGAUAGAACGUCUGUGGAAGCAAGUCGAAUUAGAAUGCUGCUAAAGGCACUUCAAUACCAAAAUGAGACAUUGAGAAUAUCUAGAGAUUAUCUAGGAGUCACAAUCCCAAAAACAGAAAGGCCAAAAGAAAUAAAAUAUGCAGUUGGAAUGACUGUAAAAUGUAAAGAGAACAUAUGCUGUUGUGCAGGCGUGAUAAUUUGGUGGGAUGAAGAACAUGAUUCAAAAUAUGAAAUAUUGAAAAUAUUACAUGAACGCAGAAUGGCAUUGCACAAUCAUAUUCAGCCGCCACACUCGUCUGACUCAAUUUCUCUGAAGCAACCAUUUUACGUUAUCCUCAAUGAAAGCGGUAAUACGUAUUACGCUGCUCAAGAGACUUUAGUAAAGGCACAUCCGCCAAAAUGGAUUGGACACAACGAGAUUGGCCGAUAUUUUUGUGGAUUCGUAAAGUCGUCUCACUAUGUACCUAACGAUACACUAACAAGAUAUUUUCCACAUGACAUAGAAAUUCUCAAUGCGCCUCAUUUGCCGCCAUCUUUUUAUCGUCAGGUUGCUUCUAUCCUUUUCAACUAAGAUAGUAUCGUGAUUAGAAAUUGUAAAGUGCGCUGCUUUUCACCGAACAAAUUAUAUUUAGGAUAACUGUUAUAAUAAUUAAUUAAAUAAUAACAAGUAGCGAUAUUUUACAAUUCACAGAAUGUGAGUUAUGGUACGUGAGAAAUAAAACUGACUUGAUUUUAACGCGUAUUGCAAGAAAACGUUACAUAUGAUGUCUCAUGUAAAAAUGGUAAACUUAGAUUUUUAUACUUAUAUUGUAGUAUUAUCUUUUAUUCAGACACACUUUUGACACAUUGUAAAUAUUUAUGUAUAUAUUCAAAUAUUGAGAGAUUGUUGAUGAUUUCAAAAGUAGAAAAGCUGUGAUGUACAGAUGAUAAAAAAACGAGAUUUUCUCAAGAAAUCUUGAGAUUUGUACAAAUUUUUGUUGUAUAGUAGAAGGAAUAACUUGUACAUAAAUAUUUGAUAAAUAUAUAUUUUACACAUGUGUAUAUGUACACCAAAGUUACUUUUAUGAUAUUUAAGAGACGAUCAUAUUAGCUUAACAUUAAUGAAGCUCCAAUUAACUUAUUCAUCGAUUAGUUUAAUCGACUUAAAGCAGAGUUUCUAAUUCUAAUUAAUUCUAAUAUAAUUUGUUAUCAUUAAUCUAAUUUUUUUCUUGUAUAUUAAACAAAAAGUUGAUAAUUCCAUGUUGACAAAAUGGUAUGGAUAUUAUUUGAUAAAUUAAUGAUUGAUUCACAGUUAAUCAGAGUUUUUAGUCAAAGUCAUUCUUGCCACGUGGAGUUAAACUUGCCAAAGCCCAAUAUAAAUUUAUAGCUAAUAAAGUUUUUGAGAUCGAGCGUCUUCUGUCUUCGCGAGCAGUCGAAAUAUACUACGAAACGAGAGGAGUGCAAAAUCGGCCGAAAAGUGCAAACCAACCACAGACCUGAAUAAUAAAAUUCAAAGGAAGUAAAAGAUUUUUUAACAAAGUAUAAUUCGCUCGAAAUGUAAAAUAGUAUCAGUAUGAGUAUUCCGUUUUAUUAAAGAACUUAUUAUCAUUAU